AUGUGUUUAGGGGCUGCAACUGUUCUUACUGUUCCUAAUGGCACAGUAACAUUUGUGUUUGAGCCGGUUAACGGACGAUAUGUCAACAUAUUUUUACCUGGGAACGAUGAAAUCCUUACUCUGUGUGAAGUCGAGGUGUUUGCAGCUGUUCAGUCCACUACAAACAGUGGAUUAGGAGUUGCUCAAAAUGCUAUCGAUGGUAACAGACAGUCAAUUCAAGCGCUCGGGUCAUGCAGUGUGACUAACGGGGACAAGGACCCCUGGUGGAGAGUUGACCUGCUGGACGUCUACAGGGUAACCAGGGUUAGCAUCACUAAUCGUGGAGACUGCUGUGAAAAGAGGAUCGAGGGUGUUCAGAUCCGUAUCGGAAACAGCCUGGAGAAUAACGGCAACAAUAAUCUCCUGGUUGUGACUGUUGGGCCCAUCCCACUCGGAGACACAAAAACAUUUGAGUUUAAGCCUGUUAGCGGGCGAUACGUCAACCUUAUUGUGCCUGGACGCAAUGAAUACCUCACUCUGUGUGAAGUUGAGGUUUAUGCAGGUGAGAGAUAA